GGUUAUUGUUUGAGGGCACCAUGAAGUUUGGAUUUUCCCUUGUUUUUCUCCCUCUGUUUCUUGCCUUAUUUUCACUUGUUGCAGCUGAAGACCGUCAGAGUCAACACCCCGAGCGCAUUUCAGGGAGUGCUGGCGAUGUUCUCGAAGACGACCCAGUCGGAAGGUUGAAAGUGUUUGUUUAUGAGUUACCUAGCAAAUACAACAAAAAGAUAUUGCAGAAAGAUCCAAGAUGCCUUACCCAUAUGUUUGCUGCUGAGAUUUUCAUGCACAGGUUUUUGUUAUCAAGCCCUGUUAGGACUCUUAAUCCUGAGGAGGCUGAUUGGUUUUAUACACCUGUGUACACAACCUGUGACUUGACCCCGAAUGGGCUUCCAUUGCCUUUCAAAUCACCUAGAAUGAUGAGAAGUGCCAUACAAUUGAUUUCAACUAAUUGGCCUUAUUGGAAUCGCACGGAAGGGGCAGAUCACUUCUUUGUGGUACCACAUGACUUUGGGGCGUGCUUUCAUUACCAAGAAGAGAAAGCUAUCGAAAGAGGGAUUCUUCCAUUACUUCAGCGGGCGACUUUAGUACAGACUUUUGGGCAACGGAAUCAUGUUUGCUUAAACGAGGGCUCCAUCACCAUUCCUCCCUAUGCCCCCCCACAGAAGAUGCAAGCUCACUUGAUCCCUCUUGACACUCCACGGUCGAUCUUUGUUUAUUUUCGGGGUUUGUUUUAUGAUGUGGGCAAUGAUCCUGAAGGGGGUUACUAUGCAAGAGGGGCUCGAGCUUCGGUUUGGGAGAAUUUUAAGGACAACCCACUUUUCGACAUCUCCACAGAGCACCCUGCCACUUACUACGAGGACAUGCAGAGGGCUGUGUUCUGCCUUUGUCCAUUGGGUUGGGCUCCAUGGAGCCCGAGAUUAGUUGAAGCAGUCAUAUUUGGUUGCAUACCCGUAAUCAUAGCUGAUGAUAUUGUGUUGCCCUUUUCUGAUGCGAUUCCCUGGGAGGAAAUUGGCGUGUUUGUUGAAGAGAAAGAUGUGCCAAAUCUUGAUACCAUCCUUACGUCAAUGCCAACCGAGGUUAUCCUAAGGAAACAGAGAUUACUGGCAAAUCCAUCAAUGAAACAAGCUAUGUUGUUCCCUCAACCUGAUCAAUCUGGUGAUGCUUUCCAUCAAAUAUUGAAUGGGCUUGCCCGAAAGUUGCCCCAUGACAAGAGCAUAUAUUUGGAUUCAGGUGAACAGGUUUUGAACUGGACCGCAGGCCCAGUGGGUGACCUGAAACCAUGGUAGUUGAAGGAUAAACCACAUUUUGAAGAACAAAUGCAAGGCUGGUCCUUAAUUAAUCUCUUGUGGGAGCUGUCCUUGCAAGAGAAACAUCGGUUCCUGAUCAAAAUGGCUGCUUCUUCGGUUAUUGUUGAGUGUAUUAUUACAAUCAAGUUCAUGGGGUGUCCUUAAUUUGUAAAAUCAUGCUAGAACAGGUACAUUGUAAUAAUUUUUUGUAGCUCGAGGUGCAUUCUCAUCAUUUGGAGCUUUCCAUUAUUGUGCAAUUGUAAGUUGAUUGCAGUUUUAAAGUGCCUUUUUUUAU